AUGGCUCCUAUUGUCGAGCUCCCUGUGGACGGACUGACCUACCGUGGGUUCGCCACGAUCCUGUAUGACGUACUGGACUCGCUAGGUAUCCCCACAGAGAAGAUCGAGUACGUGUGCCGGGGUGAGCCUAGACCCGACAGGCUCAAGGGCCACAUCGUGGUCCACCUCAAGGUCCUCCCAUCCGUCUCGCACACUACUCUUCGUAGUGUGAUGCGUGACGCACACGACUUCCUCAAGACGGGACCGUACCACCUGCUACCUGCCGCUCUGGACCUCAACAGGUUCUUGGAGCCGCAGAUCACUUCUGCAGACCAUGCUGUGUGUGACGAGGUCGACCCCUGCCUGAAGGCCUCCGCGCAGUACAUCAUCGCCCAGGAUCGCUACAUCAUGGAUGUGGAGAUGCAGAACCACCGCUACCGAGACCUCCUGUUCUGUUGCGACGAGGAGUUCCUCAAGGUGGAGCGCAAGGAGGAGGAGAUGGUCGGCAAGCUCGAGGAGGACCGCAUGGGCUAUGACAGAAUGAAGACCUUCUACGAGACCCAUGAGAAGUCACUUCGGGAGGAGAUCGCCAACCUCAAGGACAAAGUGCUUGAGUGCGAGGAUCGGAUUGAGUGUCAGAGACAUACCCUGAGGGAGUUCCACGAGAAGGAGAAGCACCGUGGCAUCAAGAAGCUUGCCCUAGAGGCCCGUUGCAACACGAUGGAGAAGCUGGCUGUGGAGGCUACCAUCACCACCACCUACAGCAUGCAUCACCUGGUUCACUACAUCAAGUGCAUCGAGUACCUUCAGGACAAGGUGAACCGCAUUAGCCAGGCUUGGAUCGACGCUGAUCGCAAGCGCAUCCAGGAGAUCAGGAAGGUCUAG